AUGCUCUACAAGAAAACAAUUGGUGGCGUGGAUCUAAAACUGUAUCCCUUUGGCACAGCGAAAUUCUACAAUAAUACUGAUCUGAACCGCAUGGAAGUCCAUUGUCAACAUGGCGAAAAACAAUGCGAACUGAAUGCGCUUCAUGCUUGUAUUUUGGAAGAACUGGAAAUUCAGUCUGCUUUCCAGUUGAUCAAUUGCAUGCUGCGAUCCUAUGGCAAUGGUAUAGAUGAGUAUUUCAGGCAUCUCAAACUGGAUGUCACAGCAGUGAAGAAGUGUAAAGAAAGCAGAACAACAGCGGAGAUCUUCACGCCCUACGGCAAAGAAGCACUCGCUAUUCAGUUGUCCGUAGCUCCCAGUAUUGUGUUUGAUAAUGUAAGUAUGCCUCUCAAACUGUAUUAGGUUUUACAUUCACUGUUCUUCACAGCGCUUUGAGCCCC